AGGAGACCUUACUUCCCUUAUUUCCUCCCUUGUACCUCAAGUCCAGAGACAUAUCCUAAGACGUAUCCUAGGACAUACCUUAUCAGUUGAACAUUCAACACCGCGUUGACAAGAUGGCUAAGAGAACUACUCUCAAGGAGUUUGAGUCUGUCUUCCCCAAGCUCGAGGAGGACCUCGUAGCUUGGGCGAAGCAAUACAACUUGCCUCAGCAGCAGCAAGAUUGGUACAAGAAGAUGCUCCGAGAAAACACGGUUGGCGGAAAAUGCAACCGUGGAAUGUCAGUUCCUGACUCCGUGUCUAUCCUUCUUGGCAAGGAACUGUCCGAAGAGCAGUAUUUUCAAGCUGCCACUCUAGGCUGGAUGAUUGAGCUUCUUCAAGCCAUGUUCCUCGUCGCCGACGAUAUCAUGGAUGGUAGCACUACCCGACGUGGCAAGCCAUGCUGGUACCGCCAGGAAGGCGUCGGUAUGGUUGCUAUCAACGAUUCUUUCAUACUUGAGUCUGCUAUCUACACCUUGCUCAAGAAGCACUUCAAGACUCACCCCUCUUACGUCGACAUGAUGGAGCUAUUUCACGAAGUAGCACUGCAAACCGAGCUCGGCCAGCUCUGCGAUCUUCUCACAGCUCCGGAGGAUGUCGUAAACCUCGACAACUUCAGCUUAGAGAAAUAUACCUUUAUCGUCGUCUACAAGACCGCGUAUUACAGCUUCUACCUUCCCGUUGCCCUGGCGCUGCACAUGCUCAACAUCGCGACCCCUAAGAACUUGAAGCAAGCUCAUGACAUCCUCAUUCCCAUGGGCGAGUACUUCCAGAUCCAAGACGACUACCUGGACAACUUCGGUCUUCCGGAGCACAUUGGCAAGAUCGGAACCGAUAUCCAGGAUAACAAAUGCUCUUGGCUCGUCAACCAAGCCCUAAAAUUAGCUACUCCUGAGCAGCGUAAGACGCUCGAGGAACACUACGGCAGGAAGGACAAGGCCCACGAGGCCGAGAUCAAGAAGCUCUACGACGAAAUGAAGCUCGAUAAACUGUACCAGGACUACGAGGAGAAGGCUGUCGGCGAGAUUAAACAGUUGAUCUCUCAUUUGGACGAGAGUGAAGGAUUGAAGAAGGGUGUUUUCGAAGAGUUCUUACGGAAGAUCUACAAGCGAAGCAAAUAAAGAAGUCGAAAUGGAGGAACGAAGCUUACGAAAUCUAUCGAAUAAUCGAGUCAACUGGUAAAAGGGAUGCCUAGGACGACGCAGGAGGAAUUCUUUGAAAUGACUGUAGAUUUCUAACUAGACAGCGACAUGAACAAUACCCUUGAAAUUUACAAUUCGAUAUGUUAUACUUGUGUUUUCACGAAGCAUAGGUCCCUCGCCAUCCUUAGGUGGUCCGGAAAGGAAGACCCCAUGUGUUACAACUUACUCUACUCGAAUAAGCCCAUUCUGCUCGCGGAGUUGGAAAGUGAGAGGGGCUUUCUUCCACGACAUAUAUAUUCCCGCAGAACUAAUCCGGUCUUCGGGGUUUUACACUACCGGAUAUUAAAAACACGCGUCUACUUCGCUACGGCAACCCGCAUCUCUAGAUUGGCUUGUGCGAUCCCCGCGCAAACCCUAGGCCCGGUGCUAGGCGGGAAGGUAAUUGGAUGCGAACUACCUUGCCUAGAAGAUAAUUCCUCAUCUCUUAACCAUCGCCCACCAUCCCGCCGGGCGAUAAUACCCUUUGUAGUCCGAAGGCCGUUGGCGGGAAUAUUUUCAUUGUUCUUUUCGAGGUUAAUAUGGCUUUUAUUUAACUAAUUUUGCCUUAGGAUUUUAUUUGACUAUUGAUACCGCGUACCCCUCUAGCGGGUGAUUCCUAAUUGGGCUUGAGAGAAGCUU